CAAAUAAAAGGUGGAUACCGCAGACAAAUGUUUGAAUUUAUCGUUAUUGUUGACUUUAAUGACCUAUGAACAUUUAAGAUGGGAUAUUCUGGAUUGAAAGUGUAUUUCUUGAGGCUAGGUUUGAUGGAGAAGUUGGAGCUGAGAGGUUGAGCAGCUGAGUGACCAUGGACACCUUGUCCAGCCACAGCUCGUACCUCCUGCAGCAGCUCCAGGAGCAGAGGAUUCAGGGUCUGCUCUGUGACUGCAUGUUGGUGGUCAAAGGUGUCUGCUUCAAAGCCCACAAAAAUGUCCUGGCUGCUUUCAGCUCCUAUUUCAGGUCGUUAUUCCAGAAUUCCCCCAGUCAGAAGAAUGAGGUGUUCAACUUGGUAAUCCAGGAUGUCGGUGGCAUCGGCCAAAUUUUGGACUACAUGUACACGUCCCAUCUGGACAUCAACCAGGAUAAUGUUCAAGCCCUCCUGGACAUUGCUCAGUGUUUGCAGGUUCCAAAUGUUCAGAGCAUGUGUAAUGCUUUCCUCAAACCUUGUCCUCCACCGGUGGAUAUCCCGUCAUUUUCUCUUCCAGGCAUGCUGAGCUCUGAGCAUGACUGCCUCUUGGGGAGCAGUCUCCCUCACGAUGUUGACCUCCACUGUCCCUCGGAAACCCAGAGGCCUGGCUUCAGCAGUGACAUGGACCACAACAAAAGAAUGCCUGUUUCUGUGCCUAAUAGCAGCUCAAACUGUGACACAGCAAACAGCACUCAUGCCCCUGUGGAAAAGCAGCUUGUCCACGGCUACAAGCUCCGUAACUUCUACAGUAAGCAGUACUUCAAACAACUGGUGGAGGAGCAGCAGUGUCCGCUCAGCCAGGGAGCUAGCCACACUCCUGUAUGCUCAGGAAACACAGUUCAGCCCAAUCCUCCCUGCACAGCUGUGGCUGUCGAAAAGAACCCUGUCUCUUCUUUAACACCCUCAGAAAAUUUAAACAAUCCCAACUCUAACUCAGCAGACUCCAUGCUCAACAAGCCUGUGCGCCCAAAGAAGGCUGUGUACCUGAAAAAAUACAACUACCUCCGGUCUCAGAAGGCUUUGGAGGAGAUGUUUGCCGAAUCGGUGAGUGAGCCCGUCCUCAGCUGUCCUAAAGAGAGUCAUCAAGAAGAGUCUGUGGUCCAGACCGAAGCUGCAGAAGCUCCCGUUGAGGGCCUUAACACAGACACAGAGCAGGUUACGGAGACAGUGACAGAUGUACAACUUCCCAGUCCCCCACCUGUGAACCAAGAAGAGCAAAAUCCCAAAACAGUGCCAGAGCCACCACAGCAGACAGGAAACAAGCAGUACUGUUGUGAGGUUUGUGGGAAGAUCUUCAAACAUCCGAGCAACCUGGAGCUCCACAAACGCUCACAUACUGGUGAGAAGCCGUUCCAGUGUAAUGUUUGUGGAAGAAACUUCUCACAGGCUGGAAAUUUACAGACACAUUUGAGGCGACAUUCUGGGGAGAAACCGUACAUCUGUGAGUUAUGCGGUAAAAGCUUUACUGCAUCAGGGGAUGUCCAUCGUCACAAAGUGGUCCACACAGGAGAGAAGCCACAUCUGUGUGAUAUAUGUGGUCGAGGAUUUAACAAUUUGAGUAAUCUCAAGGAGCACAAGAGGACUCACGCCACAGACAAGACCUUCACAUGUGACCAGUGUGGGAAAUCCUUCAACACGCAGAGAAAGCUUCUGAAGCACAAGGCCCGCCACGCCGGGGAAAAACCACACAGCUGUGCCACCUGUGGGAAGUGUUUCAUCGGCUCAGGUGAUCUGCAGCGUCACAUAAGGUCACACACUGGUGAGAAGCCUUACAUCUGUAACGCCUGUGGAAAGAGCUUUACCCGCUCCGCCAUGUUGAGGAGACACAGCAACAUGCACUGCAAGGGGGCUCCAGCAGACAGCCCAGUCCCAGACAGCUCGGACCCCCCUCGUGGCUCAGAUGGAGUCGCUUCGUUCCCCAAAUCUGUCAGCCGCAGUAAACCUUCUGCCGCAACCAGUGAGCAGCAUUUCCCCAACAUGAUGCCCCAUGCAGGGCUAGAAAAACCCUCAACGCCUACUCCUUCACCACCACAACCAACAACACAUAUAGAGACCUCACCUCCCAGCAUGCACCUCAGCCCAGCUUCUACACCCACCCCUCUUCCUGAGCUGCGCUCGCUGGUACCCCAUCACCUCCUCUCAUCCAGCCACCAGGAGAGAAGUGCAGGACUGACUGCCACAGACCACAUGAAGCUCCCCAAACCCCACCUGUCUCAGGAGGCUGUUUACGGUCCUUAUGUGGAGAAUGGGAACAUGUCAGUGGAGAUGGGCAGGGGUCUGGUGUCGAGGCCCUACCUUCCUCCCACAGACAAUCACUGCAGCUCCCCCACUUCUUCUAGCAGGCACAAUAGCGGGUCCUACAGGUCCACUGAGGGACAGUUUAUCUCCAGUGUCACUCUUUGGGGCCUGGCAAUGAAGACUCUGCAGAAUGAUAAUGACAUGGAGCAGUGAAAUGUUGCAUCUUAUGACAUAUUAAAGCACAACGUUGCCAGUUCACAAGGUAAAACCCUUACUUAUAUAAGUUUUGAUUGUUACCACCUUGCUCUUAAUUGGUUAAACUGAUUUGUAACACAAAUGAUGAAGCAAACAUGAAAUAAUUAUAAUGAAUUAUUUAUACCUGGAAGUGUAUUAUUGAUGUGUUCAGAGUUCUUGCCAUAAGUCAAUUAAAGAGCUUCCUUUUUUAAUGAAAGAUCAAGAUCAUGGCUCUGAGAAAAUCAUGAAUACUGCUGUUGCACUGCUGUUAAAACACCCAAGGGUGAUGCUUUUUUGGCUACGCUUGUCAGCAGGUGUCCUCCUUCAGAUGUCACUCAAGUGUAUCAAUCUGGAAUAUUAGAGUCCAUAGGGAAGCAGUGCAGCAGCUUCUGUGAUUCAGUGUGGAUUUACCCCGCAUGGUUUCAACCGUAAACAUCCCAGGAUACACUCUCUUUGUAUAUACUGCACUGCACUUUAAAAUUUUAAAAAUGCAGACUUAUUUUCAGCUAUCAGUGUCAAAUGUCAAUGUGUUAUAUUCAUAUAAGAAUAAAAGAUAAUUAUAUUUAACAUAUGUCAAAAC